AGGUAGCGAACGGAUUUCACACAGUUCAGCCAUGAUCUCGACGAGCAUUCAGUUCUUCAUUCUCGUCGCCCUCAGCGGCAACGUUCUCUGCGCUCCACCGUGGAACGCGCUCCCCGAAAUUAACGGAUGGAACUCGGCGAACAAUCGCACGUCGUACGAUCAUGAACUGGACGAGGAUAGAAUCUUCGGCGGAGAAUACGCGAAGCAAAAUCAAUUCCCAUUCAUGGCCGUGGUCCAUCAAUUGAUGGGCAACGGGAGAGUCUCGCAGUGCGGUGGAACCAUAAUUUCGUCGAGAUGGGUAUUAACAGCGGGCCACUGCGUGGCGUCAGGCCCUUACCAAUUCCUCGUCGUUUUCGGUACCCGUGACAAAACCGGCAUAGCAUAUAAUUUUUAUCAAGGACCAGGAGUGGCCAUGUUAACGACCCAAGCCGUGCUCCAUCCCAAGUACAGAACGACCAUGAACGAUAUCGCGUUGCUGCACAUGCCGCAAAAUAUCCCGUUCGGAACCAACAUUCGACCCAUUCAAUUCGCUGGUAGCGGAUACACCGACGAGACUUACGCCGAUAAAACGGGGAUGGUGAUUGGAUGGGGGAAGGACGGGCCGAUCGGAACCGGAACAAAGAGGCUAAAGUAUGCCGCCGUGCCGAUUAUCUCGAAUUACGAAUGCUCCAUGUAUUGGCCCAUCACGGAGGCGCACGUGUGCACUUCGGCUGCGUACGACCAAGACGCGUGUCAGGGCGACAGCGGCGGUCCGCUGAUCGUGAUGAAAAAUAGGAAGCCUCUGCAAGUCGGAAUCGUAAGCUACGGAGACGGAAAUUGCCCCAGCAGCAAACCAGGAGUAUUCACCAGGGUCUCCAGUUUCUUUGAUUGGAUCGAAGAAGUCACCGACAUUCGUUUGUGAAAGAUAAUUUGUGACGUAUCGUUCUAUAAUAUCAGCAAUUAUAAGUGUAUAAAUUGGGAUUGGCUAAUAACUGGAUAUUUCUAAUAAAGAUUUCUAUUGUAA